AUGGCUGAUUUGGUUCAAAGACUAUCCAAGAAAAGGAGCGUGGAAAAGGAAAAGGAAAAAGAUAUGGAAAAGGGUCAAAAACACAUUGAUCAACUUAGCAACCUACCAGACUCCAUUAUUUGCCACAUUCUUUCCUUUCUCCCCACCAAAUUGUCAGUUGCCACCAGUACCUUGUCGAAGCGAUGGAAGCAUUUAUGGACUGCUGUUCCCGUCCUCUCCUUCAGUUCAGCAGAAUUCAUUGGUACAUUGGGCAGCUUUGUGGAUUCUAUAGGUAAGUUUUUAACCAACUGUCAAGCUCAAAAUGUGUACCAGUUUACCAUAGACUUUAAACCUUUCUUGGAAGUGGAUGAAGAGCAUCUGGGUACAUGGGUUGCUGCUGCAGUUGAAAGGAAUGUUCAAGAGCUGAAACUCAGCCUCAAAUUUUCACAUGUACCAACGGUUAGACUGCCUGGUCGUUUAUUUGCUUGCAGAACACUCGUAUCUCUCAAGCUGAUUGAUAAUAUUUUCAUCGAUCUCCCAGAAAAUGUUUGUUUACAAAGUCUAAGGACUCUGCAACUGGAGCGAUUACACCAUCCUACUUUCUGGUUGUCCAGUUCUUGA